UUCAUGUGAAAAAGUACAAAGCCGUUUGUCGUUUGUGUUUCUUUUGAAAAUUCUUUGUUUAAAUCCGAAAGAAAGAAAAUUAAAAUACAUUCUUAACUUUUUUGUCUGAAUUUCAAUUGCUCUCAAUAUUUUUGAAAAAUAUAUUUUGAGAUAUUUCAACUAUAUAUUUCACCUUUGUUUUUGAUAUUACAGUAACUACAUGGCCUUGAGGGUGAAUUUGAGUUAUUCGAGGUCAAAGGUGAACGUGAAUGGAAGCUGUGCAGGGUUCGAUACGAAAGGCACCCCAGACAAGACUAAGUCCUCGCGCUUGGCGCGCGCGCCCUGCUCGUGAUGCUAGGCAUAUUACCACAGUAGUAGUUGGGCUAGAAGGAGGAGAAGAUCCUCUAUUGCUAGAGGCGGACGUAGCUAUGCAAGAACAAGGACCAAAGGAAGACACAAGAGCCGAUUCUGACGAACAAAAGACAUCCGUUGUAGACUACAGGGCCUUAGCGAGAGAACAGACAAACUUCUAUGAAGGAGGAUUGAACCUAGAGUACUCCUAUUCGUCUCAGUAAUGACAUUUGGUUGAUCACCCAACUUACCAUUGACCAGGAUAUUGUCUAGAUUCCUUGAAAUGAGUAAAUCCGAAAAAAGGAGAGAAUACUUUGGAUCAAUUGACGGUGGGAAUGGAAAAAGAAAAUACAUUACAGCGGAAGG